AUGGCCGUUUUGCUUCUGAGUAUUAUAUUACUUGCAGAUUCAGCCCUUGGAAAGAUUGACAGGCAGGGGAUUGUCAGCAAGUAUAAUGUUAGGAGAGACCGAUUAAUCGAUAAUACUACCACCCCUUUACAAGUGGGAAAUGGUAACUUUGCAUUCAAUGUUGACAACACGGGGAUGCAGACUUUCCUACCUUUUAAUACACUCUCUAGUUGGGCAUGGCAUAAUGAUACUCUACCAACUGGCAAGGAAAGCCUCAGCGACUACCAUGGAGUGGCGAUGAUGACACAUGAGAGAAACGUCCCUUACGAUAUCCCAGACCCGGGUCUCCCAGAAGUUUCGCAAUGGCUCAUAUCCAAUCCUAACCGAAUCAACCUAGGCCGUAUUGGCCUUAGAUAUCAAGGAGUUAGUUUGCCAGCUUCUAAAAUUUCAAAUGAAGUCCAAGAGCUCGAUCUAUGGAACGGAAUCAUAACUUCCACUUUUGAUAUCUCCGGAGAGAGUGUCAAAGUAGUUACUCAAGGAGACUUCGAAUCGGAUGCGGUAACUUUUCAUGUUGAAUCACAACUCUUAGCUUCAGGUGACCUAGAGAUUGAACUUGAUUUCCCCUAUCCGCCAAUACAUACCACGAAGUAUAAAUACGAGGUUUUCGCUGGUGUCUACGACUUUCCUCUAAACCAUACCACUUUAAUCGCUAAGAACGGCAAAGAAAAUGAAGCACACAUUUAUCAUGAGUUACAAGAGACGAAAUAUUUCGUCAACUUACGAUGGCCCGUCGACAGUCCGCUUCGCUUAAGCAGAGUUGAACCUCCAGGAUCAAAUUCCGUAACAGCCCACCGCUAUACCCUCUCAUCGGCAGCCAAGUCUCGCUAUAGAUCUAGCAUUAUCGACUUCACAGCACAUUUCUCCCUGGAUAAACGGAUAGCUGCACUUCCAUCACGGAUAAGGAGUCGUAACCCCGAACAAUGGCACGAGUACUGGGAGGAAGGCGGUUUUGUGGAUUUAACAUCUUCUUCGAACCCUAAAGCUGACGAACUUCAGCGACGAAUUAUCCUAUCGCAAUACCACGUUCGAGUGAACAGUGCGGCGACAGGUCAGUCUCCCCAAGAAAGUGGAUUGAUGAAUAACGGGUGGUACGGAAAAUUUCAUAUGGAAAUGGCUGUAUGGCACAAUGCUCACUGGUCAACCUGGGGCCGACAAAAGUAUUUCGAUAACAUUUUCCCUGGGUUAUAUAAGACACUGUUGCCUUCGUCGAUAGCAAGAGCGAAAUCGAUGGGAUGGGAAGGAGCCAGGUGGCCCAAGAUGACUGAAAUCGAAACAGGAGUUAGCUCGCCAGGUGGUAUCAAUGGUCUACUCCUAUGGCAACAGCCCCAUUCCAUGUACAUGGCAGAAUUAGCGUAUCAAGCUUCCCCUAGACGAGAAACUUUAGAACGAUGGGACGCUGUAAUAAGUGCUGCUGCGGAUUACAUGGCAUCGUACGCAUGGAAGAACGAGAGUUCAAGACGCUAUGACCUUGGUCCGCCCAGUUACGGAGUAACAGAAAACACACCUCCAGCUGAAACGCUCAAUCUAGCUUACGAAAUCGCGUAUUGGAGAUAUGGACUGGAUGUUGCGCGCGAAUGGAAAAGAAGACUAGGCCAGCAAAUUCCCGAAAAAUGGACGACCGUAGCAGAGAACUUGGCUCGUCCACAGCAGGUUGACGGCCUUUACGCCGUGUACGAGGGCCUAAAUAGCUCCUGGUGGGAAGAUCCCAAGCUUAACGGGGACCCUCGAAGCCUCAUUAUGCUCCAAGGUAUCCUUCCCGACACGCCGGCAAUUGACCCCGACGUCGCGCUCAAAACGGCAGAUAAGAUCUGGGGAGUCUGGACUGACGAUAAAAUCCGCGGCUGGGGCCGGCCUGUGCUCGCAAUCAACUCGGCUCGAAUUGGGAACCCAGAGCGUGCGAUCUAUCACAUGACAGUAUACGACUAUUGGAUAUUCGACGACGCAGGAUUUGCUGUGCGUGGAGGCGACGGUGGCACACCUCCUCCCUUUAUGCCUGGUAAUGCGGGAUUGCUCUAUGCGGUGGCGUACAUGGCUGCCGGUUGGAAGCGAUCCACGGAGGAUGCUCCGGGAUUUCCUAAGGACGGAAGCUGGAUAGUAAAGCAUGAAGGUCUGCUGAAAGCGCUGUAG